GCGCCAAAACCCUGUAGAAGUCCGAAACAAGACACUCUUUUCACCUCAGCGAGUUCACCUUUGAAAAUUAGAUACAGAAAUUGCAUACAGAUAUACUGAGAUUGUGUCCGAAUGCGUAUUUGUUUGUACGCUUGAAGUAGAAGGGGUUUGGAAUUGGAGGGAGGCGAUUCGAGAUGGAGCUCCAGAACACAGUAAAGGAAGCCCUAAAUGCACUGUACCAUCACCCUGAUGACAGCGUCCGUAUGCAAGCCGACAGAUGGCUUCAGGAUUUUCAACACACCAUCGACGCAUGGCAGGUGGCUGAUAAUUUGCUUCAUGAUGCUUCUAGUAAUCAAGAGACUCUAAUUUUCUGUUCACAAACUCUCAAAAGCAAGGUUCAACGGGAUUUUGAAGAACUGCCAUCCGAAGCUUUUCGUCCACUUCGCGAUUCUUUAAAUACAUUGUUAAAAAUAUUUCAUAAAGGUCCUCCAAAGGUUAGAACUCAGAUCAGUCUCGCUGUAGCUGCAUUGGCUGUUCAUGUUCCUACUGAAGAUUGGGGAGAUGGUGGCAUAAUAAAUUGGCUUGGAGAUGGGAUGAAAUCUCAUCCCGAGUUUAUACCAAGUUUUCUUGAGCUUAUCAGAGUCUUGCCUGAGGAAGCAUACAACUACAAGAUAGCUGCACGUCCUGAUAGACGUCGCCAGUUUGAAAAAGAACUUGAGUCUGCAAUAGACACAGCCCUUUCCAUCUUGUCUGCAUGCUUGAAUGUCAGUGAACUCAAGGAGCAGGUCCUGGAGGCAUUUGCCUCUUGGCUGCGUUUAAGACAUAGAAUUCCUGCAGCAACUCUUGCUUCACACCCUUUAGUACUUGCCGCUCUCACGAGCUUACAUUCAGAUAUACUGUUAGAGGCAUCUGUAAAUGUUGUUUCUGAACUAAUACACUAUACGUGUGUAAGAGAUUCAGAUAGAGUCUCCUCUCAAAUGCCUUUGAUUCAAGUAAUUGUUCCUCAAGUUAUGAGUUUAAAACCUCAGUUGAGAGAUUCUUCGAAGGAUGAGGAGGAUGUAAAAGCCAUUGCUCGUUUAUUUGCUGAUAUGGGUGAUGCAUAUGUUGAAAUAAUUGCAACUGGUUCUGAGGAAGCGAUGCUUAUUGUGCAUGCAUUGCUUGAAGUCACUUCACAUCCUGAAUUUCAUAUUGCUUCAAUGUCAUUCAACUUUUGGCAUAAUCUUCAAUUGGCAUUGAUUGAAAGGGAUUCCUAUCAAGAGCUUGGUGGUGAAGCAGCAAGUGUGGCAGAGGGAAAUCGCAGAUUGCAGGUCUUCCGCUCAUCAUACGAGACACUUGUUUCAUUGGUCACCUUCCGGGUUCAGUAUCCUCAAGAUUACUCAGAUCUUUCGAAAGAGGACCAAAAGGAUUUCAAGCAGAUUAGAUAUGCUGUCGCAGAUGCCUUAAUUGAUGCAGCAUUGGUUUUAGGGGGGGAGGCUACGUUGAAAAUUCUCUAUAUGAAGCUGGUUGAGGCAGUCAGUUGUUGUGGAACGGACUGGCGUCCAGCAGAGGCUGCCUUGUACUGUAUAGGAGCAAUAUCAGAUUUUGUUUCUAUUAGAGAUGUGGAAGUGAUGCCUCAGAUCAUGUCCUUGCUGCCUAAGCUCCCUCAUCAAUCUGAACUACUUCAGACCGUCUGCUCAACUAUAGGAGCUUAUUCAAAAUGGCUUGAUGCUUCCACAAAUGGGUCCUCAUUGUUGCCCUCACUCCUAGAUAUCCUAGUGAGUAGCAUGAAUAUGUGUGAAGAUUCUGCAGCUGCGGCUGCUUUGGCAUUCAAAAAUUUAUGCAGUGACUGCAAGAAAGAACUUCACAGAUAUAUGGAUGGGAUCUUUCAAAUAUAUGAAAGAGCAGUAAGUGGUGAAGGCACUUUCAAGGUUUCUGCUGAGGAUUCAUUGCAUCUGGUUGAAGCUCUCAGCAUGAUUGUAACGGAACUAACUUCUGAAAAUGCUAAGAAGGCACUUGAGGCAAUAUGCUUGCCUGCAGUGUCUCCGUUGCAGGAGAUUAUCAAUCAAGGUCCUGUUGUAUUGGGUCAAAAAACACCUCGUGAGCUCACUGUUCAUAUUGACCGACUUGGAAAUAUUUUUAGACAUGUAAAUCACCCGGAAGCUGUUGCUGAUGCAAUUCAAAAACUCUGGCCAAUUUUUAAGGCUAUCUUUGAUAACCGUGCUUGGGAUAUGCGGACCAUGGAGUCUCUUUGUCGGGCAUGCAAAAAUGCUGUGCGGAUGUCUAAGCAGCUCAUGGUAGUUACUAUUGGAGCAAUGCUUGAGGAAAUACAGGUGUUGUACAGACAACAUCACCAACCUUGUUUCCUUUAUCUCUCUAGUGAGGUUAUUAAGAUAUUUGGUUCAGAUCCAUCGUGUGCUUCCUACUUAAAAAUUCUCAUUGAGUCCCUUUUUAGUCAUACCACAUGUAUGCUUACCAAAAUUGAGGAGAUCACUUCUAGACCAGACAUAGCAGAUGAUUGUUUUCUGUUGGCGUCAAGGUGCAUACGCUAUUGUCCUCAUCUGUUGUUCCCAUCUCCGGUGUUUCCAUCAUUAGUGGACUGUGCCAUGGUUGGUGUCACAGUUCAGCAUAGGGAGGCUUCCAAUUCAAUACUGCACUUCCUAUCUGAUACAUUUGAUCUUUCAACCUCUUAUCAAGGAGAAAACUUUGUCUCUAUCAGAGACAGUAUAAUUAUUCCCAGAGGGGCUACCAUUGCUAAAACUUUAGUUGCUUGUAUUACCGGAGCACUUCCUACUUCACGGCUAGAAACGGUAUCUUAUGCCCUAUUUUCCUUGAGUCGCACAUACGGGGUAAAAGCUCUUGACUGGACAAAGGACUGCGUUUCUUCAAUCCCAUCAACUGCUGUUACUGAGUUGGAAAAGGCAAAGUUCCUACAAGCGUUAUCGGAGGCAGCAAGUGGGGCAAAUGUGAGUGGACUGGUAGUUCCCAUCGAAGAAUUUUCUGAGGUUUGCCGCCGCAAUCGAACGGUUCAGGAGAUUGUACAAGGAGCUUUGAGGUGACAUGAAAUCAAGCCUUGGAGUGAAUGUGUACCAUUGUUGGAAUCAACAACAUAGAAGGGCUGUUUUUUUUUCUUGCCCUGUUUUGCAUAGGGAAGUAGUUGCUUUUUCCAGUUUUAAAGUUUCUAUUUUACUUUAUCUUUGUCUAUGUGUGCAUUGUGAUGGAGAUCGGUAUAGUUUUAUCUAUGCUCGUUGAGGCAAGCCGAGAAAUGUAAUGUUGUAAUUUGUUCUCUUAUCAUUAUUAUUUGUCCAUGUAAAGUCAAAAGAAGUUAAAGUCAUUUUUUAGACCUGAUUGGAUCAAGUC